ACAUCCAGUAAUGAAACAUCAAAGACAAGCUGCUCCAGCUUCUGGUGCUGGCCAACAUCUCAGAGUCAUGCUGUUUGGAGCGACUCUGUCCACCAAGACUCAACUCUGCAACUUCAUCAUUGGGAAAAAAAGUUUUUCAGCCUCGUCCCUUCAGGCCAAGCCAGUGGAGUGGGGGAAGUGGAAUGGAAACGACAUCAUUAUUGUAACGACUCCAGAGAGUCAGAAGGGAAAAGUGGUGAAAGAGGAGCUGAGGAGCUGCAUGGAUCUCUGUCCUCCUGGACCAAAUGUUCUGCUGCUGCUGGUGAAACCUUCAGACUUCACAGAGAAAGACAGACAGACUCUGAAGGCCACCCUGAGUUUGUUUGGUGAAGACGCAUUUAAACACUCAAUGAUCGUCAUAACUGAAGAAGGAAAUGAAACUAGUUUUUCUUUUAAUUCAUUGAUCAGGGAAUGUGAAGGUCGACUGUACAAAAUGACCGAGAAUAAUCUCCAGAGACUAAUGGUGAAGAUUGAAGACAUUGUGAAAAGAAACAGAGGUGCCUUUCUGACCAUGAAGGAAGAUAAAGUGGCAUCAAAACGUGACGAAACUCUUCGUCCUUUAAACCUGGUUCUGUUUGGUCCAAAUGGAUCCCUGAAGGCGUCAGCAGCCAAGGUCAUUCUAGGUCACCAGGAUCUUCCUUCAGAGUGUGUCAGGAAGCAGGGAGAGGUGUUUGGACGUGGGGUUUCUCUGCUGCAGCUGCCUGCCUUGGAUGGAAAAGCUCAGCAGGAAGUGAUGGAGGAAUCCUUCAGGUGUGUCUCCCUCUGUGAUCCUGAGGGUGUCCACGCCUUCAUCCUGGUCCUACCUGUGGGUCCCCUCACUGAUGAAGACAAGGGAGAGUUACACACCAUCCAGGACACAUUCAGCUCUAGAGUCCAUGACUUCACCAUCAUCCUCUUCACCACAGAGUUGGAUCCUGAACAUCCAGAUGUUGUUAGAUUUAUUAAACGAGACAAAGACAUCCAGGAUCUCAUUAAGAGAUGUGGAAGAAGGUAUAUUGUUGUCAAAAGCAGUGACAGGAAACAGUUCUCCACUGUAAUACAGUUUGUGCAAAAAGUACAACAGAGCAGCUUCACAUCAGAGACGCUUUCAAAAGCCUUCAUGAAUAAAAUUAUACAACAAGAGAAAAACAUCACCGAACUGCAGACACGACUUUCCACUCUGUCAGCAGAAACUGGCUUUACUGGAAAUAAGAACCAGCGGCGACACGAGUGUCUGAGGAUCGUUCUGAUAGGGAAGACUGGCUGUGGGAAGAGCUCCUCUGGAAACAACAUACUGGGCAGAAACCAGUUUGAAGCCAGAACAAGCCAGAAGUCAGUGACUAAGGAAUGUCAGAAAGACGUGAGUGAGGUGGCCGGCCGUCCUGUUGCUGUGGUGGACACGCCCGGCCUGUUCGACAACAAUCUAACACAUGAAGAAAUAAACAGAGAGUUGCUGAAAUGUCUGAGUCUGCUGGCGCCAGGCCCACAUGUGUUCCUGGUGGUGGUGAGCCUCGCAGGGAGACUCACUGCAGAAGAGAAAACCACAUUAAAACUGAUCAGAGAAAGUUUUGGGAAAAAUUCAGAAAGGUUCACCAUCAUCCUUUUUACUGCAGGAGAUUAUCUGAAAGGAGAAAAAUCCAUCGAAGAUUUUAUAGAAGAGGACUGUGAUGAAUCCUUUCAGAAGCUGAUUGAUGACUGUGGGGGGAGAUAUCAUGUGUUUGACAACACAAAGACCAGAAACCGCAGACAAGUUACAGAGCUGAUCAGAAAGAUCGACAGCAUGGUGGAUAAAAACGGCUGCUUCACUAACGAUCUGCUACAGGAGGCUGAGAGGGCGAUAGAGAAAGAGAUUCAGAGAAUCCUGAAGGAGAGAGAGGAAGAAAUGCAGCUUCAAAAGAAGGAACUAGAAGGAAAAUACCAGAAGGAAAAGGAGGACUUUGAAAGAAAACUGAAAGAAGAAAGAGCAAAAACUGAACAAGAGAUGAAGCAGCAAGAUGAAAAAAUGAAGAAGAUUGAGAAACAUGUUGAGAAUACGCCUGGAGAAAAGAGGAAAGACCAAGAAGAGAGAAGAGAAGAAGAAACCAGAUGGAAACGAGAGAGAAACGUUGAGAUGGAAGAUCCUAAUGAAUUAGAAAAUCUAUAUGAAGAUGUUUCUGAUUACUGUAAAAAUGACAAAAUGCCAGAAAGUAAAAGUGAAACUCAAGAGGCUUUGGAAAAAAAGAUCAAAUCUAAAAGGGAGAAAUGGGAACAAAAAGACAAACAGUGGCAAGAGGAGGAAACAAGGCUUGUUAAUGAUUAUAAAGAAGAGAUUACAAGACAUAAACACGAUAAUGAAAAAAGAGAACAACUGGAGGCCCAAUACAGGCAGGGAUUAGAAGAAAUGUUCAAGAGGAAAUUAGAGAAACUUAGAGAAACGUACGAGGAGGAAGCAAGAGAAAACGCUGAAGAGCUGAAUGACUUCAAAGAGAAAUACAUGAAAGAAUUUUCACAUCAGAAACAGCAGCAUGAAAAACAACUGAAGGGCAAAGAUAAAGAGUUUAAUAUGCUAAUUGCCCUCAAGGAGUUUAAUGACAACCAAACUAGAAUCAAACAUAGAAAGGAAAUUAAUGAUGUGGUGAAAUGUGUGACCAAAAACAAAGAGAAUCUGAAAAAGAUCCAGAAUAUUCUGUCAAAACAAGAACAGGAGAUGAAAAAGGCAAAAAGUCAAGAGGAAAUGACAGAACUGUGCAAAACUCACGACAGAAAGAUCAGCGAUCUGAUUCAGCAAAUUCUGGAGGAAAGUGACCAAAAAACUAGAUGCUUUAUCUCCUGAUGUAAAACAGACUGAAACAAUCAAACAAACUGUUUAUUCAGGUGGAAACGUUCAGAUUAUUAUUUCAGAUAAUUAACAGAUUCAGUCUAUAGGAACUAAUUUAGUUCUUUUGUUCAUUUUCUUUCUUUCUCUUCUUUUGUA